GUACACAUUUAAGAUGUUUAAUUUUAAAAAUAUGCUAUUUUUCAGAUGAGACAUUUCGAGAGAAAUACUGCGAAGUAUUCUUCUCAUCAAACAAUGUCGAAGGCACAGGUUCAACUAUUUCUGAAACUGUACCUGAUCAAAUUACUGUACCAAGGAAGUGUGGGAACAAGUUAGAUUCUGAAACUACAUGGACCACUUACUCUAUAAAAAAACUUAUAGAGCUUCGCAAAGAAAUGGAUCUGCAGUUCCAAAGUCCAAACUGCAAAAAAAUAAAAUUAUGGGGCCGUAUAAGUGAAAAUCUCAAAAAGGAAGGCAUCAAUAUAACAGCAGUAGAGGUGGAUAGGAAGUGGAGAAAUUUAAUGCUAACAUACAGGAGGAGGAAAGACCAGAUGAAACGAUCUGGAGGUGGGCAAGUUCCCUUUUGGGAAUUUCAGGACGAUCUAGAUGCUUUUCUUGCUUCAAAAGCAAGUGUUUCUCCUCCUCCUGAUACGUUAUUAUCAUCAUUAUCCUCAGCAACUGAGGAAAAUGUUGAGGAAAAUGUUGAAGAAAAUGAUGCCUCUACUUCAGACAAUCUCCUCGAGAAAGAACAAGCACCGCCUACCAAAAAAAGAAGAAAAGUCUGUUCCAAAGAUGAGCCUCCCAAAUGGCUUAAAGAAUAUAUCAAAAAACAAGAGGAGGUGGAUGAACAACGGUGGAAAAAACUGGAAGAAAUAGAACUACAAAAAUUGAACAUUCUAAAAAAUAUUUUAAAUAUUGUUCAAAAAAGUAAAAAAGAAUAAAUUUAAAUGUUUAUAAUCAAAUGUGCUUGUCUCCUAAAUUUUAAUUAAAAACUGGUUUUAUAUAUCGGACUCAAUUAUAAUGAUAAUCAUUUCAACUUUACAUAGGCAGGGUUAAUGUAAUUCUAGUUCUUUUGCUAAUUUCUCAACUAUUCUCUAAUCCCAUCAUAUCCUGACUAAAAACAAAUUUUCAGGAUAUUUUAGGUUUAUAUUCUC